AUGCGCGAAGCUAAGGCUCUCCUUUUAAGCUCGUCCUUGACUUCUUCCUGUAUGCGUCUACGUUCGAGCUACCUGUUUCUGUCGCGAUCCUCUCACAUUCCGAUCUCUCUUCUCCCCGUUUCUAUCCAGUCGUCAGGGAGAAUAUGCUGCGACCUUACCUUCGCCACUAGAAAGCGCUUCUUCUCUAGUGGGAAGUAUGAAUUGUAUCCAACUUCUGAUGGCCAUCGGCCUUCCUCGGUGCCUUCAACAGUCUCCUUCUCUACCUCUCCUCAAGUUUCCGACCCCGGAGAUUGGGAGGUGAACCCGAAUCUGAAAAUCUCUGCAUUUUCAGAGCUCCCUUCCAAAGACUUUGGGGUCAAUCAGCACAUGAUAAUCAAUCAAGAAUUUAAAGAGGCGUUGCGCCAAAUUCUCUGGCAAUUCCGGGCUCCAAUUCGGUAUGCAUUUGCCUACGGUUCGGGAGUCUUCUCCCAGUCUGGUAGUGCACCGGGUUCGAGUGAAUGCCACCCAUCCGCACCAGCAGCGAUCAAAAACAUGCAGCAGGGGAAAGGGAAAAUGAUAGAUUUUAUUUUUGGAGUCUCAUAUUCCCAACACUGGCAUUCACUGAAUCUUAGUCAGCACCGCGAUCAUUAUUCUGGAUUGGGCUCUCUUGGUUCUUACGUGGUCUCACAGACGCAGGACAAGCUCGGCGCAGGCGUAUACUUUAACCCCUAUGUUACGGUCAACGGUACUUUGAUCAAAUAUGGUGUCGUAAACCUGGAUACGUUAUGCCAGGACCUUAGUCAAUGGGACACUCUGUACCUGGCUGGGCGGUUGCAUAAGCCAGUCAAAAUACUCCGAGAUCAUCCGAGGGUGCGACUCGCAAACCAGAUGAACUUGUUGGCUGCUGUACGAGUAGCUUUGCUACUGCUCCCUGAGCAAUUCAGUGAGUUCCAGCUCUACAGCACCAUUGCCGCAAUCAGCUACAUGGGUGACAUUCGCAUGUCACUGCCAGCGGAAGAUCCUCGUAAGGUCAAUAAUAUUGUCUCGGGACAAAUGGCACAUUUCCGGCGCCUCUAUGCUCCCCUCAUCGAGAAUCUGCCCAACGUCACUUUCAACGACAAGCGCUGCAUCCAGGAGGAUUGGAUUGAUGACCCUGAUGUUAAUGCGAUGCUAACGCAAGACAUGGACCCUGUAAAGCGCGGUAAUAUGGUUCGCCGGCUUCCGGAGUCAUUCCGGGAGAAACUAUACUUCCAAUAUCAGGCCCGUUAUGAGAUUCCGCGUGCGCAGUUUGACGAGAUGAUGAAGAAGAGCAAUGACAAUGACCCGGAGCUGGUGCGUCGGAGACAAGGCGGUGCAUUCGAACAGCGCAUUGCAAAGGAUGCGAAUCUUACGAGUGAAGUGCAGACCUCGAUCAAGAAAACCAUCCUGUGGCCCAGCUCUGUACAGACGGCCAAGGGGCUUAUUACCUCUGGGAUAAGCCGAACGUGGCGUUACUUGCGAGAAAAGCAGGACAAGCACAACAAGUCGGGGAAACAUGCUAUUGCCGCACAGGAGUCGCCGACACCUAAACAACAAUAG